GUCUUAUUCCUCGAACCAACAGUUAAAAGCUUAAAAACAGAACACUCCAAGAGAAAAAUGAAAAAGUGCAAACUUUUUGAGUUCAGACUUCAGACCCAGAUUCAAACUCAAGUCUUGGAGUUUCUUUUGAAGACCUUGUUUGAUCUCUUUAGAUCUGCUUGUUAAAUUUUCUUUAUUGAAGAAAACAAGGGAAAAUGCGUAGCCGGGGAUCGAGUAACCGUCUUCCUAACUCCGGUGGCUUUGGUUUUCAUUCUCGAAUUUCGGCUUUGGUUCUCUCCAUGUUCGCUACCAUGGCCACCAUUUACGUUGCCGCCCGCAUGUGGCAAGACGCUGAGAGCAGAGUAUAUUUAAUUCAACAACUUCACACAACAACUGCUCUGGGAAAUUCUGCUAUAUCUGUUGAUAAUAAGCUAAAAGUUGAAGCCUGCAGGGAACAAGAGCAUAAGUUAUCAGCCCUUGAGAUGGAUUUAUCUGCUGCAAGACAGGAAGGGUUCGUUUCAAAGGAGCGACCGGAGAACGACAGUACACGUUCUAAGAAAAGGCUAUUAGCUGUUAUAGGUAUCAUCACGACAUUCGGUCGAAAGAAAAACCGAGACGCAAUUCGGAAAGCAUGGAUGGGAUCAGGCGCAGCUUUGAGAAAACUAGAAGAGAAGGGAAUCGUUGUACGGUUCGUGAUAGGAAGAAGUGCGAAUCGCAGAGAUAGUUUAGACAGGGAGAUUGACAAUGAACAUAGGCAGACUGAUGACUUCAUUGUUCUGAAUCAAGUGGAGGCACCCGAGGAAAGUUCAAACAAGAUAAAAUUUUUCUUUGUUCAUGCUGUGGAGAGUUGGGAUGCAGAGUUCUAUGUUAAGGUCAAUGAUGAUGUUUAUGUUAAUAUUGAUACACUAGGUGCAACACUCUCUGCUCAUUCAGAUAAGCCUCGUGUUUAUAUGGGGUGUAUGAAAUCCGGACAAGUUUUCUCCGAACCGACUCACAAAUGGUAUGAACCUGACUGGUGGAAAUUCGGCUAUGCAAAAUCAUACUUUCGGCAUGCUUCAGGAGAAAUAUAUGCCCUUUCAAGAGCUUUAGCGCAGUUUAUCUCGAUUAAUAGUUUUCCUCUUCUUGCAGGUCUAUUCUUCGAAUAUAUGCCCAUGAUGAUGUGAGUGCAGGCUCUUGGUUUAUCGGACUCGAUGUUAAGCAUGUCGAUGAGAGGAAAUUUUGCUGCUCGCCCUCGUCUACAGGUUGAUCUUCAGCUCUUUCCUGAUCAUAGGCACUGGUGGCUGAGAUGAUUGACUGGUUAAGAUGAACUAAAACAAUACAACUCACACGUUCAUAUAGUUGUUCUCUAUUUGUGUUGACGGAAUGCUUCUUUAUAUUCGGGUGCACCAUGUUGGUAAAGUCUUUUCCUUUAUGUCUCAGGUUCGAUAUGCACGGCCAUCUGAUUGAACUUACUGGAUCAUUGGCAAAUAUAGUAAGGUCAUUCUUGUUCUGCAUCAUUGCUUAUGAUGUUUCAGUACCAACUCCGAGCUCAAAAACAUUGGUCCCCACCCCGGGGCAUAGUACCAGUUGCAUCCGGAAUCUGGAAUUGUGGAAUAAUUGACAUUGAAGAUAUGAGUCGGAUAAUUCGAUCCUGGUUCUUCUAUGUUCCGAACAGCUGCACUUGUAGGACAACAUAGUCAUCAUUUUUUAAGGCACAGCAGUUUUAAUAUCAUUGCUGAUGUAUCAUAGUCUGUAUAAUUGAUUCCAAGUUGAUAAAAUUUCAAGCAUUUCAGCUCAAGUGAAGAGUUGUAAGACUGAAAUACUCUUAUCAAAUAUAUACUCUUUUAGUCUCGUUUGUA